AUGGUUGUUAUCAACAAGGUCUCCAUCGCCCUUGUGGCUGCUCUGGCCGCAAUGGGUCAGGCUACCCACGAGGGUCUCCACGCACGUCGUGUUCACCAGGUGCGCUCGGUCAGCGCCGUCGAGGAGUCGACUUCCACCGUCCUCGUGGUGCCUACUCCCGUUGCACCUGCCCCCGAGGAGCCCGCGCCCCCUGCUGAAACUCCCUCCGUGGAGCCCUCCGUGCAGCCCUCUGUCGUUCCCUCUGUGGCCUCUACUUCUUCUGUGGCGCCUGUUGUUCCCACUUCGGUCCCCAGUGCUCCUUCUGAGGUUCCCAGCGUUGUUCCCAGCGCUGUCCCCAGUGCCUCCUCUGUGGCUCCCGUGGCUUCCAGCUCUGCCCCCAGCUCGGCUGCUAGCAUCGUUGCCAGCUCUUCCGUGGCCAGCGUGAUUCCUAGCGCUUCUUCCGUCGCUUCCAGCGCCCCCGCUAGCUCUGCCGCUGGGGCUGACAGCACCUCUUCCGCUGUUAUCUCGCCUUCCGCUAGCAUUCUGCCUGCUUCUUCCACCAAGCCUGUGGUCACCCGCACUCCCAUUGGUGUCAAGCCUUCCGGCACACCUUCCGGCACUCCUUCUGGACGUCCUUCCGGUAUCUCCUCGGCCAGCCUGAGCGGCACCGCCGCUCCCAGCCAGGAUGCCGUGACCACCAGCGCCGAGGUCGUGACCUACACUGUCACCGCUGGUGCUUCCUCCAGCGUUGUUACCACCACUAUCUACCGUACUUACACCCUGGAGCACACCGUUACCGCCACCCAGACUGGUUCCGGUGCUCAGGCUAGCGUCACUAAGCCUGGCCAGGUUGGUGACAACCAAACCAAGCCUGCCGAGGACACCACCGAGACUACUACCAGCACCCUCCACUCCACCAAGACCGAGACUGUCACCCUUGUUGAGGUUCCCACCUCCUCCGGCUCUGCUGGCUCUGGCUCUGGCUCCGGCUCUGGCAACGGCGCUGGUAGCGAUUCUGGUGCUUGCACCCCCGUCACCGUCACUGCUACCGUCACCGAGACCGUUACUGCUGGCUCUACCGAGACUUCUGCUCCCGUCAACCACCAGGGAGGUGGUGACGACAGCGACAAUGGCGAAGCCCAGAGCUCCUCGGCUCAGACCAUUGCUCCUCUGCCCACCAGUGUGACCACCCGCAUUCCUGCCCCCGGUGCCCACUCACACACCCCCCACACCCGUACUCCCACUCCCUCCAGCAGCUUUGUGACCCGCACCCCCUCUGCUUCCGCCAGCGUGAAGCCUUUCCCCAGCGGCCCUGCUCCUAGCGGCACCCCCAGCGGCAAGCCCGUCUGGCGCCGUCACCUCUAA